AUGCCGAUGAAGGAUAAUGUGUGUAAACAGGUUUUGAUGCUAGAGAAACUACCAGCGGGCAUCUCUUUACAUGGCGAUAACGGGUGCAGCCUAGGCUCGGUCAGCGUCCCGCGCCGCAGCAGCAUGACUCUGCACGUCAGUUGGCGCCCAGACAGUGCCGCGGUAUUAAAUGAGACCCUGCGCUGGAGGAUGGCGGAGGGGCUUCGCCAAGCACGGCUGGAGGUUAGGCUGCAGGGUAUCGCAGCAUCAGAGCCACCGACAUCAGCUCGCAGCAGCCGGAACCUAAGCUCAGCUGCUGUAAAGCCUGCUGAUGCGCGGGGCCCAAACAAACAGCCGGCAGCAUCUUCCAGCACCUUCAAGGCACCGCCACGAACGCUCACGCUUUGCCGGCCCUCAAUGGCCGCGGCAGCGUCAGGAUUAACACAGGCACACACAGCUAUGCUCGAGGAGUCGCCAUUGUCUACUAGGCUCAUUGAGCCAGCGGGGUUCACCCCGCAAGCUCCCGCCCUAGCGGCCACGAAACCGUCACCGACGCCGCCAUCAGCCAGUCCCCAGCUAGCCGCAGGCGUCCGAGCUCAAAUGGCACGGCCAACUGCCACCACGCCGACCAGGAUAUGCAGCCUAGUGGAGCAAAGUAAGGCGCUUGACUUCCGCCGCGUUGGGUGCGUCGAAAGCAAGCGGGAGCGGGCUUUGAUUUCGUGGUUGAACAGACAUGUUGUACGGCGACUACUUGGAGAGGUCAGCGGAAAGGCAUAUGUGUACUUUAAACGAGACGAGGGUUUCGCCGCCAUGGCGUCGAAAAUUGAAUCCAAGAUAGCUGCUAAGCAGCUGACCAUCCGUGACGCGGAACAUACGCUUAGCGACGUCCGCAUGCGACAGCAAGCUCUGGACGUCCUGACGUCGUAUCACCCGUUCUGGCUGGCCGUGGGGCUACAGACAGUUUUGGGCCGGGCCCUUGUGCUUUCCCAUGGCAACAUGCUUGUCCUAAUGCGCACGGGCGGGGAGGUCCCAUCUUUCAUCCGGACACACUUAAUCGAGCACUUCCUCGCUGACCAGGACUUGGCUUCGCAAUUUCGUCACAUCGCGUUCAAGCAAGAUUAUUGGGAAGCUCUGGGUGCCAGGGUCCUCGGGCGUGUACUCUUGCUGGUCCUGCUUCUCGACCGGAUGGCGCAGCGACAUGACCUCCCUAGCGGGACUCCAUCACUGUUCCGACAAGACGCUAACAUCAAGUCGUCCGAGCAGGUAGCGCAAGAGUUCUUACAGCCGCGUCUCGCAGGCGCCGGAGACGUGCGCCACUCACUGCGCAUGAUGUCUUAUACCACGGGGUUUGUGCAGCAUGCACGGGAUGAGGCGGACUAUCGCGUACGUAAACCGCUGGACCUGCGUGACGGGACAAGGUUGGCCAAGCUCUUUGACAACCUGCGACGUCAAGAUGUCGCGCAGACGGGCAAUAGCUCCAAGCCUACACCAAACACGCAAGCGAACCAAUGCAGCGCGUCAGCCGCGCCGUGCAAUAGCCGCAUCCCGGCGCCAGGUGUGGACUUACUGCCCAGCAUGGCUUUCCCGCAAAACACUGGGAGGCCCAUGGAUGAGUCCCUGAUGCGCAACAAUUGCCUACGGCUCGUACGUGCGCUUCAGCAGCAUGGUAUAGGACUGCAGGGGCUGGCGCUUAAUGGAACAGUUGGACUACGGGAUCCGGGUCUAGAUGGGGUUGCCAAGCUGAUAGCGGACGGGAUCCUCCGCCUCGACCAGAAAAUUACUUUGGGUGUGCUCUGGCAGCUUGCUAUGCAUUAUAAGCUCCGGCGGCACGUGGAUGCUCGAUCACUUGAACGCGAGGCGGCAAGGCUGCGGCGUGCCACUGGGCAGGCAGCUGCUUUCGACGAAGCAGCUCUUUCGCGUUACUCUGACCCAGCGAGCCAGGCCCUACUGCAGUGGGUGCGGGUGGCAUGCGCGCCCUACGGUGUUAACGUCAAUGACUUCAGUUGGUCGCUGUCGGACGGUCGCGUCCUGUGUUACCUGGUUAACGCCUACAUGCCGGAACUCCUUCCGCGAGACAGCAUUACCUCCCUCGAAUUGCCGUCGAGCGCGGAUGAGAUGGCCCGUCUUACAGGCGGCACUGAAUACGUGAAGCUGGGGACCCUCUUGGCCAAUGGUACGAUGAUGUACGAUGGUACACUGAUGGCUAAGACGAGUCGAAUUUUCGACGCAGGCUGGGCCGCUGUGUACGAGAUGGGUGGUGCGAUUCACGAUGACGUCCUUGCGACCGCGUACAAGCGCAGCGUGGAAGCGAACUACGCGGCGGCACAUGCAGCCGGGGAGGCCCUGGGUGUUCCGGUGAUGUUGAGCGCUGAUGACUACCUGAACGAUGGACCGGACGAGCUGGCGGCAAUCCUGUAUGUGUCCCUCCUUGCCGAGGCGUUGCUCAAGCUCACCAGUGAACGGCGGGCUGCCUACGUAAUAAUGGAGUUUUUGCGGCGGCGGCUGAGCUGGCGGCCGAGCUAUAUGCACGCCUCCUUGGAGCAAUUUAAAGCCGCCAUGCGACAGCGCAGCGCAGUCCUCACUAUUCAAACGUUUUGGCGGAUGCGACAACAGCGUCACCAGUACAUGGCGCUCAGGAGGGCCGCCUGCAUAAUGCAGGCCUUCUCCCAUAGGUGGCUUGUCCAGAUGCGUCUUCGGAAGCAGAAGCACGCUACCAUCCUCCUGCAAGCGGCGUGGCGGGGGCACAUGGUUCGGUCCCGUCUGCAGCGGGAACGGCACGCAGUGAUUGCGAUACAAACUGCCUGGCGAGGUUAUACCGUGCGGCGGGACACCCAACGCUUGCUGAACGCUACCUUGAUCAUCCAGCGGCAUGUACGCAACUUUUUCGCACACAGCUGGCGUUCGCACAAGUGGCUCAUCGCUUUGCAGCAAAACGCAGCUCGGAAGAUUCAGGCGGCAUGGCGAGGCUACGUUGCACGCCGAUGCUUCCAACUUCUUCGAGCUUCAGCUCUGGUAGCGCAAACAUCGUGGCGCACGCGCAAGGCCUGCGAAAGGUACCACCUUCUCCGGCAAGCCAUACUCACCAUUCAGGCGGCAUGGCGGAUGCGACAGGCCUAUGUCCGGGGCCACCUUGCACGGCGUGAGGCCUUGACACGCUUGGAAAGCAUUGUGAGGAUCCAGGUGGCAUGGAGAGCUCUGCAGGCCCGCCGCCUUGCGGCAGCGUUGAGGCUCCAGGUCGACUUGUCCAUAGAAAAUCAUGCGGCCUGCAAGCUGCAAGCUGUUGUCCGUGGUCACCUGCUGAGACAGCAACUCUCUAUGCAUGUGAGGGCCGCGGUUGUCAUCCAGGCGUUCUGGCGUAUGGCAUCUGCUCGCCGCCAGCAUGAGGCCCUGUGUACGGCAGCCGUAACCAUCCAGACUGCCGUCAGAUGCCUAUACGUCCAGCAUCAUGCAGCUACAACAAUUCAGUGUUUUUGGCGGCGCCGCUCGGCGGUGCUCGAGUUGCGGACUGCUCGCAUGGCAGCUAUUGCAAUCCAGGCCGCUUGGCGAGCGCGGCGAGAGCGAAGUUGCUUCUUGGCGUGGGAAAGCACGCGGAAGGCCGCAAGUAUAGUACAAGGCAUAUGGCGCUGCACCGCAGCCCGCAGAGAAAUGGCGCGGCGAGCCGAAGCUUUUUACAGUGACCUGCGGCGACAACAGGAGGAGCGGCUGCUUGAGAUAGCACGGCACUUCAUGCUCAGGUCGGCAGCUGCGAAACGUAUUCAAGCCUGGUAUCGCGGACACUUAGCCCGAAAAACUUUUAACCCGAUAUGGAAGCGUUACAAGGAGCUGGCGUGCCAACAGCGGGCAGCGAUAGUGAUUCAAUCGGCCUGGCGUGGCUACGUUGUACACAUCAAGUACUGUAGGAUUCGUUGGGCAGUCGAAGUGAUUAACAGCAUACUUCUGCCCAUUUUCCGUGCUCGGCGGGAGUUAGCGCUGCUGCGCAGACUCCAUCGUGCACGGGUGCAAGCUGCCAUCACUUUGCAAAAAAGCAGUGCCAGACCCAAGGUGCAGGAGGCACGUUGUCGGCUGGAACAAGCCGCGAGGGAGGCACGAAAAGCGCCGCACCGCCACAUUGGGAACCGUACACGUGAGGCACUAGAUUCAUUACUACGGCCAAACAGGAAUCUUCCCCAGGUCCUCGCUGCUGUGGAGGUCUUGGAGGUUUCCACCCGAUAUAGCCGGGACUGCUGUAAGCUUAUUGCGCAGGACGAUGGUGUAACGGCAUUACUGCGGUUCGUGAGGUCGUGUAACCGCAGCAAGCCCCAUAUCGAUGUUCUCAUCCGCACCUUGGCAGCACUCCACAAUAUCUGCAGUUGCCCUUCAAUCAGGUAUGACACAUUCGUUCCGGACGUGUUUCACGCGGAAGAAUGCCUGGCGGUCCUCAGUGAACGGUUACAGUACUUCCGGGAUACUGAGGAAGUCUUCAACACAACGGUAACAUUACUACAGCGGUUAACAGCAACAGAGGACCUUGCAGCCAAUGUUCCGGCAGCGGUGCUGCGGCAUUGGGAAGGAAUACAUCAAGUCCUGUUCCGAAAGGCGGACAUCGAGAGGAAAUACCUUGAGCGGCUUGAAGGUCAGAAGGGCAGUGAUGUCUCUGCACGGGAAUCUGCGCGCAAGUUAGUAAUCGUGCAACAGCAAGUGCAGGCCUUGGAGGUGCUCAUAAGCCGGGCAUGCGACGCCGUAAAAGAUGAAGGGGCACUCGCGUCAGACUUGGCGAACGACCAAGACAAGGACGGGCCUUCCCGCAGGCUAGGGUUCGGAAAGCCCGGACCGUUGGUAGCAACCGGAACAAAUCAGGGAGUCCUCCCGAUACCGGGCCUUAAGAAUACCCUUGUGAAGAAUGUUGUUCAGCGCUUGGCAACGGGAGGAACGGCCACUGGAGCGGUUAGAACCGCGGGACACAGUGGUGGCGGGGCAAUAAGCUCGCCAGUGCAGCCAGGCAAGGGUCGCACCUUACCCAGGCGCAUGGACGCCCAGAAGAUGAGCGAACCCGUUGGACUCAGCAUGUCAUUAGACGACCUGAUUAAGAAACGGUCGCAAACGAGUAGAGGAGGGGUCCAGGCCAUUCGCGGAGGACGUGGAGGCGGUGGGCUCGGUGUACGCGCUGGUGGUGUAAGCAAAUUCUCGGAACGCAAAAGCAACGGAGCAAAACCUAGUGGGGAUUACUCCUGGCGCCAACAGCAGCAUACUCAACAGCAUCGGGCUCAGGGCUUUGGAGGCCGCCACGGCAUUCAGAAGGCAGGUUUUCAGCAACGGCGCGGUGGAUUCGGAGGCCGCGGUGGCUUUGGCGAGCGUCAGCAAUACAGCGGUGCGACGAGCAGUGUCCACACCUACUUGGACGACAACACUGGGAACGUUGUCGUUAAGCUCAAGGACACGGAAGUUGUGACCAUAUCACCUUCCGGGGUGAUCAUACUGACUACGGGUGGCUGGUUCACGCAAACAACCCUCGAUGUCAUGAACAAGGCCCUAGGGGUGCUGCAGAUCCGUGUCACGGCAACAGGUGAUGUCCGUGACGGGACAUGGCAAGUGGCCUAUGGGCCACACCUGCUUCGUUUCUACGACGGCAUUAUCCUGCACCCGAAGAAUCCCGCAACCGCUGCCCAGCGUGCCCCGAUGGUAUUGGCGGCCAUGAAUGGGGCGCCAGCCGCUACAGCUGGCGCUGGCGUUGGUGUUGGCGCUGCCAGCUAUGCCUCUGGCCUCAUGCUGCCAUCGACGGCCGCCGGCAUGGCGCCUGUCGGGACUAACCCGCUUGCGGCAUCGGCAGCUGCGGCAUCCACAGCAGCCGCUUUGGCGGCAGGGGUAAUGGCGCGCGCGCGAGCGGCAUUGGGUAUGGGCUCGUCGUCUGCCUUUGGCGGCAUGUCGGAUGUCGCGCCAACGCAACAGCAGCUGGCACUGGCUGCACUGGCGGCGCAGCAAAAUCAAGCCUUUUCGCUACAUAAUAUUACCGAUCACACGCCAACGGACUCCGAUGCCAUCAGGAGACUAAAGGCGCAAGGGCGCUUGUAAGGGUGAAAUGCUAUGGCUCGGCAGAACGUAUGGCUAGACAUCCGUGGUGUCGUACAUUGUGGCGCAGUGCUUGGAAGAACUGGUGUAACACAAAAUAGGCAGGGAACAUUCACCGUUGGGGACGGCUAAUAUUAUUAGAGAGCUGCGGCAUGGAGAGGGCGACGCAGUGCCACGGGACUAGGGUCGAGACUUUAUGUGGCAAAAUAUUGCUGGUCGCGAUGGUAAGGUUGCAAGCUUAUUUUGUUACAUACUAUUAGCUGUUGCAUCGUUACAUGCAUCGCGCGAUUGUUGUUACGUAACGGAGUUGCUAUGUCGGAGUGUUUAUGUAGUGGGUUAAUCAUUUGUCAACCACGUUACAUACACAGAGCAUGAGACGUGCAGUCUGUUCCAACCAAGGAUACGUAAUGCUGUUUGGCUUGGGAGGUAUUCAACUCGAUCAAGCAUCCGUUGACUCAUCCAACACUCAAAAAGCCCGUACAAAAACCUUGCGAGAUCUGCGACAAUCCAGUGCUUGCUAAUGUACAAAAUUGGUGACCUGGCGCCUGAAGCAACGCUGUUUUACCAGUCAUGUUUAAUUUGGCACCAGGCCUCCUGCACGGUAU